AUGGUCAAACUCUCCCUCCUCGCCCUCAUCAUCCCGGUGAUGGCCGACAAAACCCAAUGGGUCAGCCUCUACGCCAGUGUAGUUGGAACAUCAGAAUCCACAUCAUUCGAUCAGUUCUAUGACUGGGCCGUGCGGACGUGCCAAAAAGACCUGGGAGGAUUUCCUCAGAGCUCCUCCGACAUUUACAGGGCCCUGCAGCUUAACUGCGAAAACGUACCGCAGAGCUGGUGCGACUCUUACCCGGGGGGCAAGACGUACCAUCCCGACUCGGCGUUGUUUACGAACCCGAAGGCUGAAGCUUGCUACACGCUGUAG